GCUGGUCGCGCGCCGCCGUUUAACAGACGCUCACCGGCACCCGGCGGCGGAGGACCGACAAACCCAGAGGACUAACGGAGAGACAAGCGACCGGAGGAGAGAAGAAAGAUGAGGGAGAUCGUUCACAUCCAGGCCGGACAGUGCGGGAACCAGAUCGGGACCAAGUUCUGGGAAGUGAUCAGCGAUGAGCACGGCAUCGACCCGGCGGGGAACUAUGUGGGCGACUCGGCUCUCCAGCUGGACCGGGUCAACGUCUACUACAACGAGGCCUCCUCACAUAAAUACGUCCCCCGGGCAGUGUUAGUUGACCUGGAACCAGGAACCAUGGACAGCGUUCGCUCGGGAGCCUUCGGACAACUCUUCAGACCAGACAACUUCAUCUUCGGUCAGACAGGUGCGGGGAACAACUGGGCCAAAGGUCACUACACGGAGGGGGCGGAGCUCGUGGACUCCGUCCUGGACGUAGUGAGGAAGGAGUGUGAGCACUGCGACUGUCUCCAGGGUUUCCAGCUGACUCACUCACUGGGGGGCGGCACCGGCUCAGGCAUGGGCACCCUGCUGAUCAGCAAGAUCCGGGAGGAGUACCCGGACCGGAUCAUGAACACCUUCAGCGUCAUGCCCUCACCUAAGGUGUCAGACACCGUCGUGGAGCCUUACAACGCCACCCUGUCGGUCCACCAGCUGGUUGAGAACACAGACGAGACAUACUGCAUCGACAACGAGGCCCUGUACGACAUCUGCUUCCGCACUCUUAAACUCACGACUCCAACCUACGGCGACCUCAACCACCUGGUGUCGGCCACUAUGAGCGGCGUGACGACUUCGCUCCGUUUCCCCGGGCAGCUCAAUGCAGAUCUCCGCAAGCUGGCCGUCAACAUGGUGCCUUUCCCCCGACUCCACUUCUUCAUGCCGGGAUUCGCUCCUUUGAUGGCGAGGGGCAGCCAACAGUACCGAGCCCUCACUGUUCCCGAACUCACCCAGCAGAUGUUUGAUGCCAGGAACAUGAUGGCGGCCUGCGACCCUCGCCACGGCCGCUACCUGACCGUUGCCACGGUUUUCCGCGGGCCCAUGUCCAUGAAGGAGGUGGACGAGCAGAUGCUGAACGUCCAGAACAAGAACAGCAGCUACUUCGUGGAGUGGAUCCCCAACAACGUCAAGGUGGCCGUCUGCGACAUCGCUCCCCGGGGGCUCAAGAUGGCCGCCACCUUCAUUGGUAACAGCACGGCCAUCCAGGAGCUGUUCAAGAGGAUCUCGGAGCAGUUCUCGGCCAUGUUCCGCAGGAAGGCCUUCCUGCACUGGUUCACGGGCGAGGGCAUGGAUGAGAUGGAGUUCACCGAGGCGGAGAGCAACAUGAACGACCUGGUGUCCGAGUACCAGCAGUACCAGGAGGCCACCGCGAACGACGGCGAGGAGAACUUUGAGGACGAGGAGGACGAGAUGAACGAGUAAGGAGACCAAACACGACUGGUGAAGGUCUGAGACAACACUGGUAGGGCGGUCAUGGUGUCAGAGUAAGAACAGCCCAGACUAGUUGUAGUGAAACAAUGAGACAGUCAGUCGACCGUAAACUAGUUAGUCUGAGUUUGAUCAUUGAUACUUUUGUUUAAGUAAAAACAUUAAACAUUUGCACCAGCUGCAAAAAUCCAGUAUUUAAGAUGAAUCCUGUUUUUCUUAAAGAGACUUUUCUGCUUCCUUUUAAAGGGAAUAAGUUUUUUUAUAGACCUGCAAAAGUUUUUCUAAUCCAGAACCCAAAUGUUCCACAACGGGUUCUUUUUUCUUUUACUCUGGUAACUGGUUCAAAGAUCACGACAAACUUCACAACUUGCAUUAACUGAUUUGUACUUACUUUGAUUUGAGGAGGUUCAGACUCUGAAAUGAGUGAAUCCAAAUGGUUUCUCCUGAGAAUGUGUUCCAGAAUAAGGCGACGACCUCUGACCUUUUUAUCAGUUUCAGAAAUGCAAAGAGGAGAAAACACAACAUGUUUGGUUACAGCUGAUAAAAUUCACACAUCAUUUACAAAAUCACAAUCAAGAUGUUUGUUGUGUUUGUUGUUCUCAGACUGUGAUUUCUGUACAUGUGAGCAGGUUGUGUGGCUGAAGGGAGGUGGAAAUAAAAGCUUCUUUCAAGGCCUUAAAGUGUUA